UCAUGAUCAUGAUAAAAAAGAAAAAAUAAAGACAUAGAGGCAGGGUUAGUUGCUUCCCAAGAAAAAAAAGGAGACCGCUGCAAAGUCCGAAUGGCUGUGGUUUGUGGUUGGUGUUGAAUUUCUUCAUCCAUGCCAGUCCAGAUGUCAGCUUGUUGGCAUAAUUCGGGGAGCAACGCCCUUUCAGUUUCCCGUUUCCGUUAUCGUUCCGAACCAUUAAUUCAUUCUCAUCAUCACUGCCUCUCUUCGCAGUCGCAGUUGCAGUCACAUAGUAUAUUCCUCUUCCGCAGGCUUACUUUUGCUACCUGUUCACCAUCACGAGCACAAACACCACUCCAGGAGAUGUCUUUCAUCCAGUCAAAAUCAGAGCAGGAGGGGGAGGAAGAUGAUGCCGCAGCCGCUGCUGCGAGUGUGAGUCCCACCUACAGCGACAAUACUGCGACUCAUGCUGAUGAGCAAGACCUAGAAGAAGAAGUUGGCAUUUCCAAAAUACAAGUACCAAGACAGAAACACAUUCCUAUCUCCAAAUCCCAACUUCUGGAUGCCAUCCUCUCUGUCCUGUUUAACCAAGACCAAGAUGAUCUUGAUGAUGCCCAUCACUUUCGCCUUCUCACUUCAUGCUUAGACUCUAUACUUCAUGCCGAGCACAAAAAUAUCUUAGAGGAGAUGCGUUUCGAUUAUUACCUUACCUCAGUCCAAAGUGAGGACGCAGUUGUACAGAAUCCAGCUGAUUCACAGACGCCAGUUGUGCCGAAUGGGAAGGAGUCAAACUUGGUUAGCAAUGACAUUCUUGGAAUUGAGAACAGGGAGGUCUAUCAAGAUGUGCCAGUUGAUGAACAGGAAAAGCCUAUCCCUUCCAACUAUGGUUUGGACCUAAGGCGCCUUUUACCUGCUCUCGACAAAAAAAGCAAGAAAGACCAUGGAAGGGGAUCCAGAGUUACUGUCGCCACACGUUUCCAGCAUGCUUUCAUGCAGCUUCUUUCUGAUGCACAAUUUGAAGAACUAUCUGCUAGGGAUCUGAUGUUAACAUCUGCAUUGAACACAGACUAUCUCCUUACCUUACCCAUAUAUGUUGAUUGGAAGAGAGCAUAUGAGUCUAAUGCCAUAAUAUUUAGGCGGGGUUAUGCAACUGAGAAGCAGAAGGGCCUACUACUUGUUGAGAAACUGGAUUACUUACAGUCUAUGCUUCUACGGAGCAUCUUCUAUAUUAUAUCAAAACCUCUAGGGAAACUUGGUACCUGGAUAAGUGAGACCUAUGAAAAUGCCAGUCGAGAUCAUAGGUUACAAAGUUGGGCUGAAAGAUUGAGGCUUUGGAUAAAGGAAUUAUCCUUAUUUAAAAAAUCAUUACUUUAUGAUGAGCAUGCUUCAGAUGAGCAAAUGGGUGCAAGCAAUGCACCAAAUGAAGAACUCCCUAUUUGGCUGGUAGCUCAGAGAGCAGUAGCUCGAUAUGAAGGGAUUUUGUCACCAAUUGGUCCCCGUGAAAGGCUCUUGAGGAGAUUGCUUUCUUGGAUUGGACUUAUUCCCCCCACCCCAGAAGCACCUUUCGAGGUUGACAAUGAUAGUAACACAUCUGAACCUUACUUAAGGCCUACUUUUUUAUCAAGGGUAUCACUAAGUGAUAUUUGGAGACCAGCAACAAGAAAAUACUGCAGAAAUGAUCCUUGGAAAAUGUUGAAAACGUCCAUUUCCAUACUUCUCUCGCAGUCAGUCCUGCAGGAACCGGCAUUUGAAGAAUUAAUUCUACUUUAUACGAAGGAAGUUGAUGAAACAAAUUCUAGAGAUGAAGCUGAAGCUCCAUCAUUGCAAUUAAAGAUCUAUGAGAGAAUUCCUUUUCCGGAUUUACCGGUAAUUUUUCCACACAAAAAGCUAUCUUUCCGUAUCAUAGACACGGUGCGCUUGGAUAUUGCCACAAUUUUGGGACUUUUGGCUUACUUCAUAAACUACAAAUUUGAGAAUGUUUUAUCCUCCCCAUCAGCAAUAUUACUUGAUGUAGUCGCAGUAAGUGCUCUUAUAAUAUACGGAAGUCGUGUGGUUCUAGGCUACAAACAAACAAGGGACCGUUAUCAGCUUCUAGUCAACAAGACACUUUAUGAAAAAACAUUAGCAAGUGGCUUCGGUUCAGUGCAUUUUCUUCUGGAUGCUUCUGAACAGCAGCAGUAUAAGGAAGCUAUUUUGGCUUAUGCUGUCCUGCUCAAAGCUGAGAAGGGUCAGGUCACUUCUCGACAAAGUGUUCGAGAGAUAUGCGAGAGAUUCAUGUAUGAAAUGUUUAAAGUAAAGGUUGAAAUGCCAGUUGACAAGGCACUCAGUACACUAUUAAGGUUGAACCUAGCAACAGAAACUUGCAUUGACGGAAGGCUUGGAUUGUUGGCUAUACCUUGUGCGAAGGCUUAUCAGAACCUGAAAGAGCGAUGGAAUGGCUUGCUAAGUUAAAGUGUGCAAUAUGCACUUUACACCGUAACAACUGUAAACUGGGGCAUUCAAUACAACAUAUAAUAUGUUUCUAGAGCUAAAAUAAAUUGGGUAAAGUAUGCUUUUUGUCUCUAACGUUUGUGAUUUUCUUUAAAAAUACCUUUUAACAUUUAGUUUCA